AUGGCAUCCUACUCCUACCUUACGACGAGGCCAUCCUAUUCCCUCAUCUCCCUAAUCCUCCUCCUCUCCUUCGCCCUCCUCUGCGUCAGCUUCCCCGCCUACCUCCAAAACCCGCUGAACCCCGCCGCGGCAGGCGUCCGCGGUUGCUUCACCGCAACAACCAACGACGCCGUCGCGCCAGCAGCGGCAACGACGGACGACCAAGACCCGGAGCAGCUCCGGAUCCUCGUGGGCGUGCACACGGUGGCCAGGAAGCACGCGCGGCAGCACCUGAUCCGCAUGGCGUACGCGCUCCAGCAGACUCCGGGGCCCAGCGCGGCGCGUGUGGACGUCCGGUUCGUGCUCUGCGCGCGCCCGAUGCCGCCCGAGCACGGGGCGUUCGUGGCCCUGGAGGCCCGGGCGCACGGGGACAUGCUGCUGCUGGACUGCGCCGAGAACGCCGAGGACGGGAAGACCUACUCCUACUUUGCCGCCCUGCCGGCGAUGCUCGGCGAGCGGGAGCGGCCGUACGACUAUGUGAUGAAGGUGGACGACGACACGUACUUGAGGCUGGAGGCGCUGGUGGAGACGCUGCGGGACGCGCCGCGGGAGGACAUGUACUACGGCGUGGGGCUGCCGUUCAUGCACCGGGAGCGCCCGCGGUUCAUGCUCGGCAUGGGAUACGUGCUCUCCUGGGACCUCGUCCAAUGGAUCGCCGCCUCCGAUAUGGUCAAGCGGGAGGCCAAAGGUGUGGAAGAUGUGACCACGGGGAAUUGGCUAAACAUGGGCAACAAGGCCAAGAACAGAGUGAACAUUUACCCCAGGAUGUAUGACUACAAGAGCGCUGAAGCCGAGGAUUUCUUGGAGAACACCGUUGGCCUGCACCAGCUGAAGGAGGACCUCAAGUGGGCACACACAUUGGAGCACUUCAACGCCACCCGGUUGGAGCCUUCCAGCAAGCUCAACAUCUAGCAUUCUAGGGAGUGGACUUCACGUGUACAGAUCCUUAGGUGAAAGGUUUGUAAAUUCGGAGGGUUGUAAACUGAACCUGCCGUUCUGAAGGCAGCAUGUAUUGGAUGCGGUAGUUUCACAUAAAAUAUCGCAGUGAACAGUUUGAUGUCCACAAGAUUCAUGAUAAGACAUCGAAUAACCAAUAAGUGCAUGCACUUUGUGUUGCAUCGGGCUGCAGUUGCCAAGAGGCAUUUGUAGAAUUUACAGGUAAGCAGGAUUUUUCUGCAAUGAACAGCCACCACGCAUUAAUCAACUUACAGGAUACAGCAUUGGCCCAUAUUUUACAUGUA